AAAAAAAGUAAAAUGAGCAAAAGUCCUGAACUAAAUAGACGUUUCUCAAAAGAAGACAUACAAAUGGACAACAGGUAUAGGAAAAACAUGUUCAAUAUGACUAAUCACAGAGAAAGCCAGGUUAGAAGUACAAUGAGCUGUCAGGUCACAUCUGUUAGAAUAGCUGUCAUCAGAAAGGCAAAGGGUAAGUGCUAGUGAGGAUGUGGAGAAAAGAGAACCCCGCACGCUGCUGGUGGGAACGUGAAUGGGUGUGGCAUGGUGGAAGACAUGAUGGUUCCUCAAAAAAUUAAAACUAGAACUAACAAAUGAUCCAGCAGUCCUACUGCUGGGUAUCUGUCUAGAAGAAAGGAAAUCAGUAUUUCUCAGAGACAUGUGCACUCCCGUGUUCACAGUAGCCAAGAUACAGCAUCAGCCUAAACUUCCAUUGAUGUGCACGGAUCAAGAAAAUGUGGUAAAUAUACACCGUGCAGUACUAUUCAAGCUUAAAAAAGGGGGAAAUCCUGUGGUUUGUGAACCUGGAGGACAUCAUGUAAGUGAAAUAAGCCAGAUACAGAAAGAUGAAUACCACGUGGUCUCACUGAUGCCUGGCAUCUGAACAAGUUGAACUCACUGAGGCAGAGUGGAAUGGUGGUUACAAGAGGCUGGCAGGUGGGUGGGGAAAGGGAAUUGGGGAGCUUUUAAUCAAAGGCUACAGAGAUUCAGUUCUGCAGGCUGCAUCAGUUCUUCAGGUCUAACACAGAGCCCCAGGCAGGUGACUGUAGUUAACAGUACCAUGUCAUAGGUUGAAAUUGGCUGAGAGUGUGGAGUUGAAAUGUUCUCACUGGACACCCAUGGUAACUAUGUGCAGUGAUAGAUGUGUUAAUUAGCUUAAUAGGGGUAAUCAUUUCAUAAUACAUCAAAAUAUCAUGUUGUACAUCUUACAUAUGUACCAAUUUUGCUUGUCAUUUAUACCCCAGUAAAGCUGAGAAGAAAAUACAGCAAGUGUUCUGAUUAAAAACAACAACAAUAACAACAAAAAACAAAACCAACAAACACCUUUAUUAUUUGGCAGUUCCUUCCCCAGGCUGAUUGCACCCUGUUCCUGUUGGUGGUGAUCACUGGUUACUGUCUCUGUGGGUGAGCAUCUGGGGUCUCUCAUUCCAGAUAUGUAAAAUGUGGACACAGAUAGUGGGGAGAAAGAAAUGCAACUGUGAGUAGGUGUAUGUGUGCAUGGCAUGUACGUGCAUGUGUGUGAGUGUGUGUGUGUCUUGACACUCUGCCUGACCCAUGAAGUAAACUCGCAGUCAGCUCUUAGGGAAGUCUGUGGAAGGAACACUGACUUGGUUAAAGGAAUCAGAUCUAGUUGAUUCAGGGACACUGAGGAAGCUGAGCCCCAGGCAGGCGAAGGGCUCUGGCCCAGAUAAUUCCACUUAUACCAAGAUUAGGGCAGGCAGUUCCCUGCUAACCUGGCUGCCUGUCCUGGAAAAUGAGAAGUCAGAAGGAAUGGAGGAAGUUUUAAAUACUUUCCAAGUUGACAUUGUCACUGGAACUCUUCUGGUGAAUCUUGUGUGAAUGAGAAGGUAAGAACGAGGUGAGCUUUCAGUGUGGCAGUUGUAUUGCUAUUGUGCCUGGGCUGAUAACAAUUUCUGGAUUGUUUGAAGACACUUUGUUCCCAUUUGCUAAAGCUGUUGCCCUAUUGUUUACUUAGCCAGGCACUUUUCUACAGCAGUUGCAAAAGCACAUUCUAAACCUAAUUAAUUCCAAAUCUGAUUAACUCUGGCCCUACCCUGUGCCACAGCCCCAGGCGGAAGGGAUGUUCCUAAGGCCUGGGGGUCAGCUUUCACUGCUUGAGGAAUCUGUUGCUGCGCUGCGACCUGCUGUGACCUGUGACCGUGACCAGGUGGACAGUAUCAGAGGAAGGCAGGAGAGUGGUGAGCCUGGAGGGCAGGUGGGGCUGCGGCACCCGCAAGAAGUGCAAACGCUGAGGCCUGGCUCCUCAGGGAUUCAGAUUCCAGUGAGGGAGAGAAGAUGUCCACUGUGUCCUAAAAAUACUGUGAACACUGCAAGGUGCUGUGUGAUUCUGGCAGGGCGGGAGCAGUUCCAUGGUCUGGGCUCCAUGUACUGCCGGGGGGCAGCCGCCAUCAUCCUCACCUAUGAUGUGAAUCACCCGCAGAGCCUGGUGGAGCUGGAGGACCGGUUCCUGGGCCUGACAGACACGGCCAGCAAAGACUGCCUCUUCGCCAUCGUGGGGAACAAAGUGGACCUCACUGAGGAGGGGGCCUUGGCGGGCCAGGAGAAGGAAAAGUGCAGUCCAGAUACGGAUGCCGGGGACUGUGUCUCCCCCAGGGUGCCUAAGCAGGUGCAGCUGGAGGACGCCGUGGCCCUUUAUAAAAAGAUCCUCAAGUACAAGAUGCUGGAUGAGCAGGACGUGCCGGCCGCUGAGCAGAUGUGCUUUGAGACCAGCGCCAAGACCGGCUACAAUGUGGACCUCCUGUUUGAGACCCUGUUUGACCUGGUGGUGCCAAUGAUCUUACAGCAGAGAGCCGAGAGGCCGUCACACACAGUGGAUAUAUCCAGUCAGAAGCCGCCCAAGAGGACCAGAUCUGGGUGUUGUGCCUGACUUUCGAGGGCCUCCUGGACUCAGACUGUGCAUGUGGGAAGGGGUCUGACCAGGCAAGCUGUGAUCUGAAAGGAGCAAGGAACACCAAGGAAUUAUUUUUCCAGAGUGACACACGCAGCAGAAUGUGGGAGUGGAAACGAUGGCUGGCUAUGAAGAGGAGGGCAAUGUGCGUGGUCUCCUCGGUCUCUGUUAGAGGGGUGGGGAGGUGGGGAAACAGGAAUCUUCUGCAAAGCCCAAUCUGCAGAGUCGAGAGCCCUGGCACUCUCUGCCUCACUGCCCGGCACUGGUCCUUUGCAGCCAGCCUGCGACGGCCCCUCACCCUUGCACAGGCAGAAACCUGCGUCUGCACCUGCACCCCUGACCCUUUCGGCACCCUGGGUUGUCACCACGUCCUGCAGCUUCGACAUUUCUUGUUCCCAAGCGUUUCUCUUCACUGUGAGUUGUCUUUGGUCCUCCCACUUGGUACUUGUAUCUUGAUGCUUGAUAAUCCUGACUCUAGACAUGCUCAUUUGUACAAAAUCAGGAAUAACUGUUUUUAUACUGAUUGCAGCAAUGUGGGUUUCAUGUAUUAUUAAAGAGGAUUUUGGGAAACACUU